UGUGUUAUUAGCAGUGUUAAGUUUGGUUUCGAUACUCUAAAAAUAAAUUCUAAGCAACCUAAAUAUGAAUUUAUAUAUAAUAAUAUUAAUUUUUUUCAUCGGGCAACACCAUGGAGUGGAUUCUACUAACCAGUGUUCUAUAACGGAUGAAAUCAGAAACUGCCAAUAUACAGUUGUGUGUGAAAUCUAUGCCGGGAGUGCACCAAACCAAAAUUGUGAAGGCGAGCCGUAUGUGAAAUUCAUCAUUAAAAAAUCCAAUGCCGUUGCUCUUAAUGCCGCAUUCUUCGGAGCGACAAAUUUCGAUGCCCGAGUUAGAGAAAUAACAGCCAUAGACAAUUCGUGGAAUACGAUAACCGAUAACACUUUUAGAUAUUAUUCUAAAACAAUACACCUGAAUCUAUCUCAAAAUAAAAUAGUGAACGUAAAAAGUAUGGUAUUCAAGAACUUAGCCACACUAAAGUCACUUAAUUUAUCAAGAAACGCAAUAGAGGAAUUGGAAGCAUAUUCUCUCAGUGUACAUGAAAGUAGAGAUUCACUCAUUCAAAUAAUCGAUCUGUCCUAUAACAAGAUCAAAUCAUUACCAUGGAAAGUAUUUCAAGGCCACCCAUUAUUAAACGAAUUGCGCCUAGAUCAUAACAACAUUCAGAUUUUGUCCGAUGAUAUAUUUAACAAUUUAAUAAAAAUGACAACAUUAAAUUUGAGUCACAAUCAAAUCUUAUCAUUGAACAUGACAUUAAUUAAUUUAAAAGGACUGGAAAAUUUGGACUUGUCAUUCAAUAAGUUAACUAAGGUUUCAGGAUAUGAGUUGAAUAGAUUAACAUCAUUGGUUUUCGUGAAUCUAUCUCAUAAUGCCAUAGUAAAUAUUGAAUCGAACUGUUUCAAUCAGAUCUUUAAUUUAGAGGUUGUCGAUAUAAGUAACAAUAAAAUUAAUUCAGUUCUGGAAAAUCUAAUGUUCGUCAAUAAUAUAAAGUUAAGAUACUUCGAUAUGGGACAGAAUAAUAUGACAGGAAUACAAAAUGAUUCGUUUAAACACAAUGUUAUCGAUUAUAUUAACUUGGAAAAAAACAAUAUAUCAGGUGAAAUGACUGCAUCGACUUUUGUCGGACUGAAAAGAAUAAAGUCGUUGAAUGUUACUUAUCAAAAAAUAGAGGUAAUCAGGAAAGGGGCUUUUGUAGAUACUGAAUCUUUAAUGUUUUUAAAUUUAAGUUCGAACAAUAUUAAUUUAGUAGAAAAUUCUAGUUUUUCCCAAUUACCUAACAUGACCAUAUUGGAUUUGUCGCAUAACAAAAUAUCACAGAUGGAUUUUUUUAAGGAUUCGCUAGUAAAUCUGUCUGAAGUUUAUUUAAAUAAUAACUUACUGUCUAUUUUAUACACGGACACGUUUAUAAAUCAAACAAAUAUUAAAAAGUUAGAUAUUUCAUACAAUCUGAUAGUAACAAUUGAAAGAAAUUCUUUGCCCCUUCUUAAUUUACAAUAUUUGUACGUGACUGGAAACUCCUUAGCUGGAGUAAUCAGUCCUGAUAUAUUCUCUCCAGCCAGAUAUUUAAGGUUUUUAGAUUUAAGUUGCUUUAAUAUAAGUAAAAUAGAAAAUUUGUCUUUCAUAAACAUGCCUGUAAUAACGAGAAUGAAUUUGUCUAAUAAUAUUAUAGAAGAAAUAGGACCAAACAGUUUUAAUAAUGUAAGUAAUAUGUAUUCUUUGGAUGUUUCACACAAUCGUCUAAAAAAUCUUCAAAUCGACGAUAGUUUAGAUCAUUUAAAGGCAGUGUAUUUAAACAAUAACCGCUUGCAACACCUUCCCUCAGCUCUUUUAUCUAACAUGUUAUAUGUUGAUCUUUCGCACAAUAAUAUAUCAAAUGUUAAUAACGUUUUUCUUCGCUUUGCACGGAAUCUCAAAGUACUACGUAUUUCCAAUAAUAUAAUUAAAAAAUUCAAUAACGACUUCACAAAUUCACUAACUCAACUCUCCGAUCUAAAUUUAUCAUACAAUCAUAUUGCUUAUAUAAAUUUGAGUUACUAUAAAGAACUCAAUAAUCUAGACAUUAGUUCGAAUCAAAUUAAAUACAUAAAUAGUACAUUUUUGAAGAAUUUAGAUUAUUUGCAAUCUUUGGACAUAAGCAAUAAUAAUAUUACCCAGCUACCACCGGGAACUUUCCAAAAUAUGAAAAUUUUGAAAUUUUUGAACUUGUCUUCAAAUCAUAUAGCAAAAUUGAGAUUUGGGAGCGUUAAAGGCUUACACAAAACAGAAGUGUUGGAUAUAUCGAAGAACGAACUGACUGAAAUGGACGUUGACGUUCUCCAUGAAUGCUUGGAACUCAAGAAAAUAUUAAUAGAUUUUAAUCAUAUAAAAGAAUUUGAUAUUGAGAAAUUGACACACGUCACUCCAAACAUCCGUUCCGUCAGUUUGGGAGGUAAUCCAAUUUUAUGUAAGGAAAUCGUACGAAAUAUAAGAAUGGUCAACAGAACUUUUAAACCAGUUGAAGUGACAUCAAUCAAAAAGAUUUAUCACGAGGAUAAUGUACACGGAAUAAAAUGCGGUGAUUCGAGCCACAACGACACUAUUGAUAAUAAUCCACCAAAAGGAUACGAGACUAAUACAAAUAAUACUGGGGCUAUGAUAGCUCUAGAAUGCAUUAUUUUAUUCGUUAUGGUUGUAAUACUUGUUUUUGCGACAGUGGUUUUGUAUAAGAGAUAUUUUAGAACAAACUUUUUUAGCGAUCGAUCAAACCUAUCUUUAAGGAGAUCGUUUAAUUUGAACGGUUCGGAUUUUCAAAGUGACUUAUUGAAUUAAUAUCCAAUAUAACAUUAUUCUAUACAACAUCCUUUUAUCCAGUGUAGGCAUUUUAGAGAUAAGACAAUAUGAUUCAUUACAUUAUUCUGUUACAAUUUACAGACAAUUGAUUGAAAGGCCGAUGUAAGUUAUAUUUAGUAUCUGUUGUGUAAAGGCCGAUAUAAUAUAAUUACAUUUUCUCUAUUUGUACUUUGUACUGACAAUGACUGAUUGAUGAAGAAUAAGCUCUAUAAAUAAAUGUCACUUUGAAAUAUUGUUUGUGUAUGAAAAAUUAUAAAUGACAUUGUUUUAUUACACUGUAAAUACAUAUAAAGAUGUGAUAUUUUGUUGUAAUAAAAGUUAUUUCUUUUGAGAAGAUUAA